GGACACAGUGGAGACAAGUGGAAGGAUUGGCAGAUAGGGGUGGAGGACACUGAAUGGAGGCCAGUGGACGGAUUGGCAGAGAGGGAUGGAGGACACAGUGGAGACCAGUGGAGGGAUUGACAGAGAGGGAUGGAGGACACAGUGGAGACCAGUGGAGGGAUUGAUAGAGAGGGAUGGAGGACACAGUGGAGACCAGUGGAGGGAUUGACAGACAGGGCUUGUUCAUGGAGUGGAGACCAGUGGAAGGAUUGGCAGAGAGGGAUGGAGGACACAGUGGAGACCAGUGGAGGGAUUGGCAGAGAGGGAUGGAGGACACAGUGGAGACCAGUGGAGGGAUUGGCAGAGAGGGAUGGAGGACACAGUGGAGGCCAGUGGAGGGAUUGGCAGAGAGGGAUGGAGGACACAGUGGAGACCAGUGGAAGGAUUGGCAGAGAGGGAUGGAGGACACAGUGGAGACCAGUGGAGGGAUUGACAGAGAGGGAUGGAGGACACAGUGGAGACCAGUGGAGGGAUUGGCAGAGAGGGAUGGAGGACACAGUGCAGACCAGUGGAAGGAUUGGCAGAGAGGGAUGGAGGACACAGUGGAGACCAGUGGAGGGAUUGACAGAGAGGGAUGGAGGACACAGUGGAGACCAGUGGAGGGACUGAUAGAGAGGGAUGGAGGACACAGUGGAGACCAGUGGUGGGAUUGACAGAGAGGGAUGGAGGACACAGUGGAGACCAGUGGAGGGAUUGACAGACAG